GUAAUACUUAAAUGUGUGGUCGAAUAAAACAAAAAAACAUAAUGUAACAUUAAUAUAUUAAGGUAAAAGUAUGGACAAUUACAGCCCUACUGUCGGUGUCUCCUGAGAGACAGCUUCAUCUGCUUCAUAACUGGAUGAGUGGGUAUCGCCUCGAUGGCGCGUGGGCUGCACUCUUGUGUGUCGUCCUGUAUGAAGUGCUUUGUUAUCGAUGAAGCUGUUAAUCACGACAAAAGUAUGAUUCACUCAACAGCAUGAAGAGGAAGAAGCAAAAAGAAAACAACAAAAAAACCACACACAGAAUAAACCACCAUUUGCCAGCCAAUCAUAGCAGCCCAGUGACGAGCUUCCUGGUACCACUUGUUUUCUCUUCCUCGCAGGUCCCGGUCCUCUCAUAAAUGGGGAGGCUGUGUUUGCUCCUGCACAGUCAAAAGGGAGGACGCCGUCUUCAAGCGGAGGAACGGACUCACCAUGAGGAGAACGAGCAGAGCAUCUGCCCGGACGGAGCCGUCGCGCAGGUAGCGAGGUCGCAGCCGGAGGAGAAGCGCUAUUUGCUGCGUGUUAACGCCGAGCCCAAGGACGUACGAGGCGGACACACACACAGGCGAGCCCGGGGAACACUCGCGGUGGUGGUGGGGUGGGAGGAGGAGGAGGAGGAGGUUGGCAGCCGAGGGAAAAAGGUGGACCGUCGAAAACCUGGAGAGAGACACGCGCCGGGAACGCGUUGGGCUGUCAUGCCUUGACUACAGAGGAGUAACGACCCACGGAUAGACCGCAGUCAGAUAGCAGAGGCCUCCUGCGAUGGAGCACCGCGCUCUCUGAUCCACACGGAUCCUCCCCGGCGAAGGGCGAGGUGCCCAAGUACCCAGCGGUCGACCAGCUAGACGAUCACGCGAAUUACGUUCAAGUCUACGCUGCGAAAUUGCUGAACCCCUCCAAACCCCCUCGAAAACCCACCACGUAACACCUCACACCCCUCGGUCCCGCGGAGAAUGGCUCAGUCAGAGACGUCGCCGAGCAGCUGAGAUAAACGUUAGCUCCUGUCCUUCGGGUUGUCUUCCCCUCUCCUUCUGCUCAACAGGACGCUUUAUUCACGAUUGAAGACAUUUAUGGGAUCACAAGUUUCCUCUGAUGAGAUGAGUGUGCGCGCUGGCCAGGGCAGUGAUGAGUUGCUGGUUUCACAGGCAGUGUGGGAUUACCUGGCUGCGGCUGGGCGGCCCUGGCUCAUCGACUUCCAGCACCGGCAGGGGAUGAGCGCCGGUAUCAUCAGGCGAGGGGAGAGGGGGGGCUGCUGCGCCGUGAGGCUGCAGCCGGUCGAGGCCUCCAGGAAUGGUGGAGGCGCGGUGAUGGACGGACCCAUCUCUAGCGAGACACGGAAAGCCUUCAUUGACUUGUGCCGCUGUGCCCGCAAAGAAAUGAGCAAACAGGAAGGGGGACCCAAGAGGAAGAGGGCCCUGCUGCCCUUCGCCGGAGUCCUGGAGCCAAACGGCGAGGGAAGCCUGCUUCAGCCUCCGGCUCCCCAGCCUCGGCGCUCCCAGAGACAGCAGCUGAGGUUCAGGAAGCCUGCCGACGAGGAGGCCUGCGCCGCGCUCCACGAGGCCGCCCACAGGAAGGCCACGGAGUCCAGCCUGCCUUCCCGUAGUGAGGCAGAGGACAACAGUACGUGUUCAAUCUGCAUGGGUGACAUAGUGGAGAAGACCACCUUGGAGAGGUGUGGCCACUCAUUCUGCCGCUCUUGUCUGGACCAAGCCUUCAAGGUGAAGAAAGCGUGUCCAGUGUGCAGGCUGGUGUACGGCCAGUUGAUCGGGAACCAGCCUGCUAAUGGUACAAUGAUCGUAGAGCGAGAUUCCGAUCUGGAACUUCCUGGUUAUGAAGGAUACGGGUGCAUCUGCAUUAUCUACAGCUUCCCGCCGGGCCUACAGGCGCCUGAACAUCCGAACCCGGGUGUCCGAUACCCGGGAACAGACCGCGUGGCCUACCUCCCCGACAGCCCCGAGGGGAACCGCGUGUUGGGACUGCUGCGCCGGGCCUUUGAACAGCGCCUUAUCUUCACCAUUGGUACCUCCAUGACUACGGGCAUGCAAAAUGUCAUCACCUGGAAUGACAUUCACCACAAGACCUCAAUAUGGGGCGGCCCCCGUUGUUUUGGCUACCCAGACCCCACUUACCUGGUGCGAGUGACAGAGGAGCUCAGAGAGAAGGACAUCACGGUGGACUGACCGCAUCUAAAUGACUCAAGACAUUGUAGGACUUUGCCGAGUGUCCUUGCGCAGGACAUGACUCGGUUCCAGGUUUUGCUCUGAGCCUGGCCGUCCCUUAUUGGAAGGCUGAAGACGAGGCCCUCGGCAGACAGGCUUCUAAUGCUGCAGAAGAGCUCACUUCACCCCACAACUCGUUCCUCUGUUUGCUCAUUUGUCCUUAUUCCAGUGCUACAUGUGGAGGAAAAUACUUUGAGUGCAGUGCAUUCCUGUAUUACAGUUUCCUACCAUUCGCUAAUGCACUUAUUCAAAGGAAUCAUGUUGCAAUUUGUUGUACUUGUACAUUAUUUUGAAAAUCCAAGUUAUCUUGUAAAGAUAAAGUUUGUUUAUUUCUAUUUUGGAGAUUACUUUUUUUAUGCACAAAUUCCUGGUUUUAUCCAGUUAGAUAUAAGAAAAUUACUUGUGUUACAUGGCAAAAUGUCACUGCUUCAAUAGAAAGCCUUUAUUUUCAACCGAAACGCACUGACAGGCACUUUUGUAAGGGAGUAUUUCCUUCUUUCUUUUUCCUCAGUAAAGUCAGAGUCACGGUUCCUCUCUGUGAAAAGCUCCGAGCAAACAGGUUCAUGCAGCCAUCUAUUGUUAUAGUGGCUAUAAGUUGAUGUCAAUUGUUUUCAUUUUUUUUUUUUUUGCUACCCCUCUCACCUAAAUAAUAACAAUAUUAAUCUAUGGCUCACUGCUGACUUUUUACAUGCAUUAGGAUGUUCCCCUGUGGUUUUCAUUCAUUGGUCAAGAUGCCUCCCAGGUUUUGAGCCCAUUACCUCAGUUGUUGGUAAUGAGCUCAUCUAAUUGCCAGAUUUAUGACGAUGUCAAAUAUAAAAGGGCAUGUAGACCACUUUAACCAAAUCAAAGGCACAAAAGCUCUUUAAAUAUCUAUGCCGUUGUCCCUGUCAAGCUGGGAUAUUUUCCUGCUCGUUUUGCCAUUUAAAAUAAGACCAGUGUUAAUUUGUUUCUUUAAAUAGAUAAUCUACACUUUGAAGAAAAACUAAAGAAAAGGUUGCAGGAACAAUUGGUCUGAUGUAGAUUGGGGUGUUGAUCUCAAUUUUGUUGUGCCUUUCUUAUAUUCACUUUUGAUAAUUAUCAAGCAUGUUACAAAUAAAUGGUUAGCAGUUUGUCUGUAUUUUGGUGUUUCUUCAUAGCUAAACCGCAUUAUGUUUGUAGUGUUACUAUCUCACUAUAAGUACUAAUACUACACGGUUCAUGAAAUAUGUCUCUUAAUGUCUAUCAAAUGAACUUCUUCAUAAAUAGGCUCUGGUCCAAACGCUGAGAAACCCAUGUGACGUAUCCAGCUGUGUGAACGUGCUUUGCCAAGUGCAGUAACCUGCUUAGUGGGACAUUUGUUUGUUAAUUUGAAUGGUCAGCUGCGUACAUCAAAUAGCCUCUUUUUGCGUUUUCAUCACCUUUGCAUUUUAGUUAGGGACCAACUUAAAUAUUUCUGGGACAGAUGAUUGUAGUUCCCUAAAGCUACAGUGCAAACAUUUCUAUGCAUUACAUGUCUGGGUAAGAUUUAGGAGAAGAAAUAGGAGAGAUUGAACAGUUUUGCUUUUUCUAAUUGUGUUGAUUCGUACUUUGUUGAUAUUCAGAAUAAUGUGCUUUACAUUUUAAUACUUGAAUAAAAAGUUAUGUUCUGGUUUGUGUUGGAUAUUUAAUGUAGGUUCUGAAUAAACCGGGUACUUCAU